CUGUAUUGGCCUAGGAGUUGAAACAAAAGACCAGGCUCAAUACUGGCAAGUGCCUGCUGAUUGCUUUCGGUCUUUCAUCUGGAUAUAUUACACAUUGUGAUACCAUAUUGGAAUAGCUUCAAUUAGGACUGCGGACUGUAUUAACGGGUUCAGCAGAAUUUGGGAAUUUAUACUUUCCUGUUAAUAGAUGCCUCAAGUGUUCUGUCAUUUUUCUAGCUAAUAAAGACAUUGGAUUGGGAUUAAUAUGCACUAUUGACUAAAAGCCAGAGAUGAAAAAGGCCAAAGUAACGUUUGAUUAUCAACCCCAAGAAGAAGAUGAGUUGGCUCUCAGCAUCGGAGAGAUAAUCUCAGAAGUUGAACCUGCAGACACUGGGUGGUGCAAGGGAUUAUUGAACGGCAAAAGGGGGAUGUUCCCUGAUAAUUUUGUGACGAUAUUUGAAGAAGAAGAAAAGAAACCGGCAAGUAUAAAAAAAAAACGUUUGAUGAAAGUGCUGUUUCCGUACCAAGCGGAUAAUGCUGAUGAAAUUUCAUUAGAAGUUGGAGAUAUCAUUGAAAUUGUGAACGAUGUGGAGGAAGGCUGGGCAGAGGGAGUUAAUCGUGGUAAGAAAGGAGUUUUUCCCACAAAUUUUGGUGAAAUGAUAGAAGGAAGUUCUGAAUCGGAAGAAAGUGGGGACGGAGGAAUCAAUGAAAAAGUGGAAGAACCAGAACCGAAGCCUUCAGAAGAUUUUGCAACGUCAUCACAGAAAAAGGUGAAAGGUGUCGGAUUAGGAAAUAUUUUUGCUGAUGGUCCGAUCAAGUUAAGACAAAGGUCAAUAGGAGAAUCAGAUAAAAAGAAAAAUCUCUCAACGCCGCCUCCAGCCAAGACGUCAACAAAAGAGAAAGAAAAGGAAAAACCAAAAGAAAUUGAGUUGGCUAAACCUAAGAAAGCCGUGGAUUACUGCAGAGUGAACUUUGAUUAUAUAAGAGAGAAUGAAGAUGAGCUGGGAUUAACAAAAGGAGAGAUAAUUAUCGUUUCAAACAAGAAUCCGGGUGACGAUGGAUGGUGGGAAGGGCAGAAGCUUGACAGCAAUGGAAAAAAAAUAAAAGGAGUGUUCCCAGAUAAUUUUGUUGUGGAACUGACACCAGAAGAAAUACGAGAACAUGAAAAGCAGUUGCAGGUAUGUAAUACAGAUUACAUUGUAUGUUGUUAUCCCGAGAUCUCCUCUUUUAAGGUUUCUGAAAUACUGAAAAAUACAUUAAUUCUGAGUGCGAUUUCCACAGUGCUAAUCGCUUAUAUUUGAUGAUUGUUUACGUCAGUGUGAGGUGAUUAUUUAGGCCGUGAAAUCUUUAUAACGUGUUAUUGGAUUUUUACCUAACUAGUUGGACAGCCUGGCUGCACCCCUGUAUACAACUAACUCCAAAGCGGCAUAACCUUUGUAAUAUUUUCAUUGUUUUUUUUCUCAAAUAGAAUUAUUAUAUCUGUAUCUCAAUCGUCUCAAAUCUGGUGUUACAUCAUACUUAUUUACUUCCAAUAAUACUCCC